UGACGUCACACCCCCGCUGGAGCCGGGAUGGAGUCGGCGCGAGAGGCGAGUGGCCCCGAUCCGGAUCCCGGUCCCGGUCCCGGUCCCGGUCCCGGGGGCCGCCCGCAGCUUCAGCCCAGCGCCGUCUGCCUCAUCGUGCUGGGCAUGGCGGGCUCGGGGAAAACCACCUUGGUGCAGAGACUGACCGGCUAUCUCCACAGUAAGGGAGCUCCUCCUUACCUUAUAAACCUGGACCCAGCGGUACAUGAGAUUCCAUUCCCAGCCAACAUAGAUAUUCGGGACACGGUGAACUACAAGGAAGUGAUGAAGCAGUACGGUCUUGGACCCAAUGGUGGCAUCGUCACAGCUUUGAACUUAUUUGCCACGCGGUUUGAUCAGGUUAUGAAAUUUAUUGAGAAGAGGCAGCAAGACUGUCGGUUUGUUCUAAUAGACACUCCUGGACAGAUUGAAGUAUUCACCUGGUCCGCAUCAGGAACCAUCAUCACUGAAGCUUUGGCCUCCACCUUCUCCACAGUUGUCGUCUAUGUGAUGGACACAUCGCGCAGCACAAACCCAGUCACUUUCAUGUCCAACAUGCUGUACGCAUGCAGUAUUCUCUACAAGACCAGACUGCCAUUCAUUGUCGUCAUGAAUAAGAUCGAUAUUGUGGACCAUUGCUUUGCUGUGGAGUGGAUGAAAGAUUUUGAAACUUUUCAGGACGCACUGAACCAGGAGACGACAUUUGCCAGUAAUCUGACGCGCUCCAUGAGUCUUGUCCUGGAUGAAUUCUACAGCAAACUGCGGGUGGUUGGGGUAUCGGCUGUGGACGGCAGUGGGAUGGAUGGCUUUCUUCAGCAGGUCACUGAUGCUGCGGCUGAGUAUGAAACUGAAUAUAGACCGCAUUAUGAGAGACUGCGACAGGAUCUGGCUGAGGCAGAGAUGAAGAAAAGAGAAGAACAGCUGGAGCAGUUGCAGAGGGAUAUGGGGGAUGUUGCCAUGGAUUCUAGCCACAUUCAUGCUAGUGUGGAUGCUGAACAUGAUGCGGAGCCAGGACCCUCAGCCCUGAUCCUGACCCGUGGAAUCGCUGAUGAGCAAGAUGAGGAAGUGGAUUCAGAUACAGAUGACCUGGAUCAUCACAGGGGACAUGCCAGCUGUUCAAAACGAAGCCUGUCUAAGUGUUUGCUUUUGGUGAGCAGAGGCGGAGGAGCAGAGUGAGGAACCUGCCUUCCGAAGAUACCUGGAACAACGCAAGUGCAGAAAUCACACUGCAGCCAGACUGAGAGGUGAACCAGGAUUCCAAGCCAAGAGGAGCAACCCUGAUUGAAUAUGAGCAGCCAGCAGCGCUCUGCUCUACUGCUGGGACUUUGUACUCACCAAUGGGACCCUGCGGGUUGUUGCUCAGGAUUGGGCUGGAGGUGCUAACUUCCAUCAGCAUUCUGCUCCUCAGGCUACCUGGACCCAGCCCAGAUGCUGAGUGAUUUACUGGGUCAACUCCCCCGCCCCUUCCCCUCCCUCGAGCUGGACAUGAUCUUGUCUCGUCCUCUCCACCUGAAUAUUUGAGUCUUCUCUUGUCUGUAACUUCAGAAAUCAUGGUUUUUGAGAUAUUUAUUUUAGAAAUAAAGCUUUUAUUUCUGUUAAAA